AUGGCAGUUAUCUCUGAUUUUCAAGAAGACGAAAAGAGCAUUGAUCAUCAGGAAGAGAUCGUGCAGACUAGCAAACCCUCAUCUUCAACUUCUACUGAGAAAGAAGAAUCCAAGCCUGAGAAAGAAGAAUUAGCUUCUUCUGAUGAUAAGCCUGAGAAAGAAGGACCAGCUACUUCUGAUGAUAAUCCUGAGAAAGAAGAAUCUAAGCCUGAGAAAGAAGAAUCCAGCAAGAGAGUUCCAAACAAGGGCAAUGGUUUAGAUAUGGAAACCUAUUCUUGGGGCCAAUCUCUACCAGAGGUCACUAUUAGUAUUCCUGUGCCCGCAGGAACUAAAUCAAAGUCUGUUAUUUGUGAAAUCAAAAAGAACCAUAUCAAGGUUGGAUUGAGAGAACAGCCUUCUAUUAUAGAUGCUGAUUUCUGCCAAUCUGUCAAGGUCGAUGAUUGUUUCUGGAGCAUAGAGGAUAACAAGGUUAUAUCUAUUCUUUUGACUAAGCAGAAUAAAAAAGACUGGUGGAAAUAUCUUGUGCAAGGUGAUCCUGAAAUUGAUACUCAAAAAGCUGAGCCUGAAACUACCCAGCUCUCUGACUUGGAUCCUGAAACUCGGUCAGUUGUCGAGAAGAUGAUGUUUGAUCAGCGUCAGAAGCAGAUGGGUCUACCAACAAGCGAGGAGACGAAGCAGCAAGAGAUGUUGAAGAUGUUUCAGGCUCAAAAUCCAAAUAUGGAUUUCUCCGGAAUGAAAAAUAAUCAAAAUAUGGAUUUCUCCGGAAUGAAAAAUAUGGAUUUCUCAGGAAUGAAAUAUAAUCCAAAUCUGGGCCGCAAGAAUUAAGAUGGGUUAGUUAGUUCGUGGAGUCACAAUCUAUUUCCUAUUUCCUGGUUUACUCUUUUUUCUUUUUGUUUUGUGUUGGUUGUUUAGGUUAAGUUACUAUUUAGGCUUUGGACUUAAAAUAUAUCAAAUUCUACUUUAUUGUUCUACAUA